CUUGCCUGUUCCGGCGACAGACGAGACCACAGUGUAUCCUUGUGAAUUCAGUCAGUUGGUUGGUUCCCGGUCGAUCUGUACGUGGUGUUUCUGUCAGAUCGUCGAACUGUACAAGCUCAUCCGAAUACACUACAGGAAAUAAUAGGAAAACACUAGCAACAAUGUCUUUCCACAAAUUGAGCAUCGACGAAGUUGAUCUCGCCGGCAAGAGAGUGCUGAUGCGAGUCGACUUCAAUGUCCCAAUGAAAGAUGGGAAAGUUACUAAUAAGCAGCGAAUUGUUGCAGCGGUAGAUUCCAUCAAAUACGCACUAGAGAAAAAAGCCAAGUCAGUCGUAAUGAUCUGCCAUUUGGGAAGGCCAGAUGGUAAAAGAAACAUGAAGUAUACCCUGAAACCCAUUGUCCCUGAGCUUCAGGCGCUACUUGCUGGCAAGGAUAUCACUUUCCUUGAUGAUUGCAUUGGGCCAGAAGUUGAGAAAGUAUGUGCUGACCCCGCACCAGGAUCCCUUAUUCUGUUAGAAAACUUGAGAUUCCACAUCGAAGAGGAAGGUAAAGGUGUUGGGCCUGACGGUGCCAAGAUUAAAGCUGAUAAAGACAAAGUAACGGCAUUCAGAGCAUCUUUGAGAAAGCUUGGAGAUGUUUAUGUAAAUGAUGCAUUUGGAACUGCACAUCGAGCACAUAGUUCCAUGUUGGGUGAAGGCUUUGAUGUUAGAGCCAGUGGUUUCACGCUGAAGAAAGAAUUGCAAUAUUUUGCAAAAGCACUGGACAACCCAGACAGGCCAUUGCUAGCAAUUCUUGGUGGAGCAAAAGUUGCUGAUAAAAUUCAGUUGAUCAAUAACUUGCUUGAUAAAGUCAAUGAAAUGAUCAUAGGUGGUGGAAUGGCAUUUACUUUCCUGAAAGUGACUAAGAACAUGAAGAUCGGUGCAUCUUUAUUUGACGAAGAAGGAGCAAAAAUCGUCAAUGAUUUGUUAGAAAAAGCGAAGAAGAAUAACGUGCAGAUUCACUUACCAGUCGACUUUGUCACAGGUGACAAAUUCUCUGAGACUGCUACUGUUGGAUCUGCUACUCUAGAAGAAGGCAUUCCUGACGGUUUUAUGGGUCUAGAUGUUGGCCCCAAAUCACAAGCACUAUUUGCUGAACCUGUGAAACGAGCAAAAGUAAUUGUGUGGAAUGGGCCAGCGGGAGUCUUCGAAUUUGAAAGUUUCAGCAAAGGAACCAAAAGUCUAUUGGAUGGAGUUGCUGAAGCAACGCAACGUGGGGCAGUAACAAUAAUUGGAGGUGGUGACACGGCAACCGCGGUAGCUAAAUGGCAGAUGGAAGACAAAGUGAGUCAUGUCAGCACUGGCGGAGGUGCCAGCCUGGAGCUCCUAGAGGGCAAAGUUUUGCCUGGAGUAGACGCGCUCUCACCCUCUGCAUAAGUGUGCAAUAAAUUAAUGCACAUUUCAGUGAUUCUCAACUUGUUGAAGCAGAGUAGUAUUGUACGAAAUAUGCCAAAAUUUUAUGGUCGUGAGCUUACGAUAAGUUUUGUAAAAAAAAGAGGACAUCAAAUGCAAUCUCCUUAGACAUGGGGUGAAAUUUAACUGUACUAUGUUUAGAUGUUGAAUUGUGUUAAACGUCAGACUGCACUGAUUCAUUUAUGACUAGAAUGAAACAAUAUAGAACGUUCCAAAAUUGUUGUUCGACGAUGUAUCAUAUUCUUAUUGAAUAAAAAUUCUCAAUUAUCGUUAAAAA